AUAUAUUUAAUGAUAUAUGUCAUAAAAUAAUCUUGCAGAAUAAGAUAUACACACAACACAAAUGUUGCUGAAGCGCCAAUAUAUAACCAUGUUAAAACUAUUCAAUACAAACCGAUUAAUAACACCGGUUUUAAAUAAAUGUAACCACAGUACCGCGGCGAAAUCUGUGACAGCAGUAAAAAUAAACGGUACAGAAUUCAUAUCGGACGAAUAUACAAAUGUUACGCCCAAAAUUAUGUCAUAUUUAGGUAAAAACUUGCAUUUGCGAAAAGAUAACCCGUUAUCAAUGGUGCGUCAACGGAUAGUGCAAUAUUUUUACAAAUCUUUCACUCAUCGAGGGAACCCUACGUUUAGUGUGUAUGAUAAUUUGUCACCUAUUGUUACCACAAAGCAGAACUUCGACGAUCUCCUUAUACCAGCCGACCAUCCUAGCAGAGCUAAAGCGGACUGUUACUACAUAAAUAAAGAUACGUUGUUCCGUGCCCACAUGACCGCACACCAGAGUGAGUUGCUGAGAUCUGGACUUAAUAACUUUUUGAUGAUCGGUGAUGUUUAUAGGAGAGAUGAAAUUGAUUCUACACAUUUUCCUGUUUUCCACCAAGUAGAUGCAGUGAGAUCUCAACGCCGAGAUGAGUUAUUCCCAAACCAUCCAGACUUGGAUAUAUUUGAACCAACAUUCUACAAACAAAAGCCACAUUUAUUUACCAACACCAUCCUUGACCCCACCAAACAGAGCUGUUACACUUUGGAGGCUACAAAACUUAUGGAGGUGCAACUAAAAAACCACCUUAUAGGUUUAGUUCAAGCACUAUUUGGUAAAGAUAUAAAAUAUAGAUGGGUUGAUGCUUACUUUCCCUUCACACAUCCAUCAUGGGAACUUGAAAUAUAUUAUGAAAAUGAUUGGUUAGAAGUCUUGGGUUGUGGUAUUGUACGUAAUGAAAUUUUAUUAAACUCUGGACUUAAUGAUACUAUUGCAUACGCAUUCGGAUUGGGCCUGGAGAGACUAGCAAUGGCUUUAUACAAAAUACCAGACAUUAGACUGAUGUGGAGUGAAGACUCUGGAUUUCUAUCUCAAUUCCAUAAUAAAGAUUUAAAUGCCAAGAUUACAUAUAAGCCCGUUUCAGUAUUUCCUCAAUGUGUAAAUGAUAUAUCUUUCUGGUUGCCUGACAAUUUUACUAUAGAUACAUUUAUGAGUAAUGACUUCUAUGACUUGGUACGUGAUAUUGGUGGAGAUAUUAUCGAACAGGUGAAGUUAAAAGACAAAUUUGUCCACCCAAAAACGAAGAAACACAGUCUAUGUUUCUCUAUUGUAUAUAGGCAUUUGGAACGAACACUGACUCAAGCAGAAGUCAACCAAAUACACAAAGCUAUUGAAACGGCGAUUGUAACGGCGUUUAAUGUUACUAUUAGAUAAAUAUAGCAUGCAUAUAAUUGUUAUUGUUAACAUAAAUAAGUACAAAAAUAAUUGUUUAUCUGUGACU